GCUGCACUGCGUGCGCAUUCAGACGCGGUGAGUCAGUCAGAGCCGGAGCGGCAGCGGGAAAAAUGGCGGAGAACGACAGCUGGGAUGCUGAUGAUUUUGAGCCAGAAGUUUCAAAUCAGAAGGGUGCUGUGUCAGGCCCACCACCGGCAGGAAGAGAUCGUUGGGAGGGAGAGGACGAGGAGGAGGAUGUUAAGGAUAACUGGGAUGAUGAAGAGGAGGCUGAGGCGGCAACUAAACAAGAAGCACAGAAAACGGUAGAACCAAAGGUUUCUGAAAAGAAAAAAUUACUAGAAAAAAUAAGAGAAAAAGAGAAGUUGCAUAAAAAAAGGCAGGAGGAAGUAAACCAGCAGGAGAAGGAAGGAACCGCACCAGAGUUAAGUCCAGAGGAACAGCUGGCAGAAAAGCUUCGCCUAAAGAAGUUACAGGAGGACUCCGACUUAGAAUUAGCAAAGGAGGCUUUUGGAGACAAUGUUACCGUUACUGGAAUAGAUGCCAUGAAUCCGUCCUCAAGAGAAGACUUUACAGAAUUUGGGAAGCUCCUCAAAGAAAAGAUCACCCAGUAUGAGAGAUCGUUAUUUUACCCAGGCUUCCUGGAGGUCCUUGUGCGGGAAGUGUGCGUCUCAUUGGAAGUGGAUGACCUGAAGAAAAUCAACAAUUCUCUAACAGUGUUGUGCUUUGAGAAACAGAAGCAAGAGAAGCAACAAAGUAAAGCCAAAAAGAAAAAGAAGGGAGUUGUUCCGGGAGGAGGACUAAAAGCCAACAUGAAGAAUGAUCUAGAAGAUUAUGGGGGCAUGGAUGAGGGCUAUGGACGAGAGUAUGACGAUUUCAUGUGACACGCUGGUUCUUUGUGGCCCUCAUUAAGGAGUGCGCUCUCCUCCCUCAGGACUCUGCCAAAUGCUACAGUCAAAGAAAUCAUCCCCCCUCAACGGGCCAUAUAAAAGAAAAUGGCCAUGGUGUGUGUAUCUGGAUUCUACUGGUUGAUGCCCACAUCGCACAUUAAACAAUUAACCUAUGCAGCUCUAUUCAGCAUCCCCUUAACUCAAGGCUCGCAACCUUCUCCACUCUGCUUGUGGCAUGCACGCUCAGCUCUGCCAUGUUACAAACAGAGUCAUGCCUCUGCUUUCUGCCUAGGAAUAUGGUCUCUCUCUCUCUGGGCAGGGCAGGUUAUUAAAUCUUUCUUUUUCUUCUGGCUCUUUACUUCCUGCCUCAUUGACACUGCCCUCCCAGCCAUCUUAGUUUUUUUUUUUUUUUUUUAAUAUAUAUUGGUUUCUUAGCUUUGUGCUAGAGGAAUCUCCUGCUUUGAACUGUGAUUCCUGAUGGACUCAGCUUGGUGCUUUUCCAUAUUAAAACUUUAAACAAUCUGAAAUCACCUCUACAGUAUGUGGAACUGUGAAGAUGCAGAAUGGUAAGGAGAUACCGCUGGUGCAUCAGACUAUAUGUGCUGCCUUCUGUUGGAGCUGCCAGUACCAAAACAUGUGGGUCAUCAUGACUUUGUGGCCAACUGGCAGUUCUUGAUGGCUCUGCCGGAGGGGAGGGCCAUAGGGUCUUGAUAUUUAUUUAGUGAUUGCGUGUCAGUGUGGUUUCACGAUUGGUUUAUUGCUUUUUGACUCUUGCACCAAGGUUCAAGGUCUGGCCCUUUCUCUUAAUCUUCUGCUCACCCACUGGAUGGCGCUUUGCAAACAGGUCCUACUUUGGGAGAAUUGUUAUAUUAACAAUGAGACUGCAAUGUUUGUUUUAUAAGACAACUAAUUUAAUAAACUCAUCCUUGUGACAAGAUUGGCCAGUGUGCUCUCUCCUGCAUAGGCAAGGUUGGCUUCUGAGUCUUUGGCAAAGUGUAGUGCACCAGGGAGCAGGGAGCUAGAGAGACCACCUCCAGUAAGUCAUUAUUAGUGGGUUUAUUCUACCAUGUAUAAUGCUGUUAAAGCGCAGAUGGAAUUAAUAGCGUUGGGAAGACAAGCUGUAUUUAUGUACAUAUUAACAAUGUUUGAAAAAAAAAAAAAAAAAAAAUUAUGCAUAUGUUAUUUCUUUGCAGCUCUCCUUUGCUUUUGCCUUGAUACCUUGUAUUGAUCUUUUUUUUUUCAUCUUCCUUGUUGACAACUUUUAUUUUUAGUUUCCUUCCCCCCCCCCCCCCCCGACUAUGAACUGUUCUAGGCAAAGGACUGAGGGUCACAAUAUUUCCCAUCUCUCAUUUCCCUUAUGCAUUUGCCUAAUGGAAAUACUGAAUAUUUUUUUUCCUUGCUUUGGUUUCCGUAGCUUCUCUAUCAUGGGGGUUAGUCUGCUUGCGGUUUAAAGGUAAAGGCACAAUUACUGUCUGUUCGGUCUUCCCUGUAGCCGCCUACAGCCAGUGGGGCUGCAAUUAUGUAAAAGGCCUGUUCAAGGGACAUUAUGCCAGAAACCACUUGUCUGUACAGCUAAAACCCACACCAGCAUAUUUAAUUCUGUGUAUUAAGGGAAAUCUAACGGGUAUAUUAUAGUCUCAUGGCUGGAUUAGAUCUUUUUUACCAUAAGUCGAAGUUACGUGUUCUUCACUUUCAAAUGGGAGACCUUUGGUUACCUUUAAAAAGCUGGUAACUCCAUGGCUGAGCGCACAAUAUACAGUCACUGCUGACAGAGAAUCACAUUACUUAAGGAUUUUAUUUUUCUUUGGGGGGGUGAUGCAUGAUAUGAGCAAACUAAGCCUUUAUCCACACUACGCAUUCUUACUAGAAAUAACUGGGACAGGCACCAUAAGUUCCAUCUUCACUGUAUUCCUUAUUGGCACCAGCAGCUUCAAAUAACAGCAACAAAGUGUGUGAAAUGAAGUAAAAUAUAUACAUCCAACUUG